AGUAACCAAGAAAAUCAACCAACAACCCAGAAAUUUCUGAAACCUUCAUCUCUCAGAGUAGCAGCAGCCAUUAACAACCGUUAAACACUCUCUCUCUAUCUCUCUUUCUCUCUCAUCACUCAUCAUCAACAGAUCUUAGCAUCAAUGGUAGGCGUACCUCUCUCUCUCCUCCGUCGUUGAGUUGCGCGAUUUCUUUCUCUCUCAUCGGAUUGCGGUGGUGGUGGUGGUGGAUUUUGUUCUUGCUGCUGCUUUUCCCCAAUUAUGGCUUCCAAAGGUCCUAGGUCUAAACUUGAUCAUGACUCAAGAGCUAGGCGUCAAAAGGCGCUUGAAGCUCCUAGAGAACCUCGUCGUCCUAAAACACAUUGGGAUCAUGUUUUAGAGGAGAUGAUUUGGUUGUCAAAGGACUUUGAAGCAGAGAGGAAAUGGAAGCUAGCACAGGCAAAGAAAGUAGCUUUACGAGCAAGCAGAGGCAUGCUGGACCAGGCAACGAGAGGGGAAAAGAAAAUGAAGGAAGAAGAGCAGCGAAUGAGAAAAGUAGCACUAAAUAUCUCAAAAGAUGUCAAGAAAUUCUGGACAAAAAUAGAGAAGCUGGUGCUCUACAAGCAUCAGUUAGAGCUUGACUAUAAAAAGAAGGCGGCACUUGACAAGCAGCUGGAGUAUCUCUUGGAUCAAACUGAAAGGUAUUCAACUAUGCUGGCGGAAAAUCUCAUGGGCACAUCAAACGCUUGUCCGUCAGGGCAGCCACCCUCUAUAGAGGAGAAUCAUCGUGACUCGCAGCAAAAAGAGAGUGAUGAAAAAACAGUGGAUGGAGGAUCUAUGGAACUAUUUACAGAGGCUAAUUCAGACACAGAGAUGAAACAAGACGCAAUGGAAGCUGAUGAUGAUUAUGAUGUAACAUCUGAGGAUGAAGUAGAAGAUGAUGAACAGACUCUCGAGGAAGAUGAAGCUUUGAUAACAGAGGAAGAAAGGCAAGAAGAAUUGGAUGCCCUGCAAAGUGAAAUAGACCUACCAUUAGAGGAGCUGCUCAAACGCUAUUCAACCAGUGAAGCAAAUGGAGUAAAUAGUAUUGAGGUUUGUGCUGUUGCAACAGAGUUAAAUGGCGAGGUUGGCCCUGCUCAGGUCAAGGGAGAAAGUUUUCAAGAGGGACAUGAUGUUGCUGUAGAAAGCCUUGAAAAGGUCGCUCCUGGUAAGAAUGAGGAAACUGAUUCUCUUGCUGUACCUAAGGUAGAUGUUGACUGCUCAUCAGAGAUUGUUAGUCGUCGUUGUGUUCAAAGCAACGGUUCUUCUACGACAACGACCUCUGCAUCUAAAGUUGACCCCUAUGUGCCCGGAAACUCACCUGAUGACAUCCCAAACUCCGACUUUGUAGAUUUGGAUUAUGAUGAUGAGCAGGCAGAUGAUGAGUUUGUCAUUGCCCCAGGCGAGGAGAAGGAUGAUGAGGCAACGCUGGAGGAGGAGGAGGAGUUGGCAAGAGCAGAGUCGAGAAAGCCUGAAGAUGAGAUUGCAUUAUUGCAGAAAGAAAGCGAGGUUCCCUUGGAAGAAUUACUUGCAAGAUAUAAGAUGGAUCUGGCUGAGACUGGCUCAGCUGAUGAUGAAUCAGAUUAUUGUUCUGUUCAGUCUGACGAAAGUUCUCCAAUGGAGCAAGUGUUUCACGAGGAAGUUCCAGACACUGUUUUGGCUGAAGAUGAUGUCUCUGGGGAGAUAAAAAAUACUUCACCUGCCCCUGGAGAAGAAGCUGUUGCUGAUCAUGUGAUGGACAGUGAAGAGGAGAGUCAAAGAGAUGCUAGAAUCGCUGAUGCAGCUGCUGCUGCCAGGUCUGCGCAACCAACAGGGAACACUUUCUCCACAACUAAUGUUCGGACGAAGUUCCCAUUUCUUAUUAAACAUCCUCUCCGUGAGUACCAGCAUAUUGGGCUUGAUUGGCUUGUCACCAUGUAUGAGAAAAGACUUAAUGGGAUUCUUGCUGAUGAGAUGGGUCUAGGAAAGACGAUCAUGACGAUUGCAUUGCUUGCUCACCUGGCAUGUGAGAAGGGAAUAUGGGGGCCUCAUCUCAUUGUGGUGCCAACCAGUGUCAUGCUUAACUGGGAAACUGAAUUUAUGAAGUGGUGCCCUGCGUUUAAGAUUUUAACUUACUUUGGGAGUGCAAAGGAGCGCAAAUACAAGAGGCAAGGUUGGAUGAAACCCAACUUUUUCCAUGUGUGCAUCACUACGUACAGACUUGUCAUCCAGGAUUCAAAAAUGUUCAAACGCAAGAAAUGGAAGUAUUUGAUUUUAGAUGAGGCUCAUUUGAUAAAGAACUGGAAAUCUCAGCGUUGGCAAACGCUGUUAAACUUCAAUUCAAAGCGGCGCAUUUUGUUGACGGGUACACCAUUGCAGAAUGAUCUAAUGGAGUUGUGGUCUUUAAUGCAUUUUUUGAUGCCACAUAUCUUUCAGUCUCACCAGGAAUUCAAGGACUGGUUUUGCAAUCCAAUAUCAGGCAUGGUGGAAGGACAAGAAAAGGUGAACAAAGAAGUUAUUGAUCGCCUGCAUAAUGUGUUACGGCCCUUUAUUCUGCGUCGUCUGAAAAGAGAUGUUGAAAAACAGCUUCCUAUGAAACAUGAGCAUGUCAUAUGCUGCAGACUUUCCAAGAGGCAGAGAAAUUUGUAUGAAGAUUUCAUUGCAAGCUCAGAAACCCAAGCAACUCUGGCCAGUGCCAACUUCAUUGGUAUGUUAAGUGUUAUAAUGCAGCUACGUAAAGUUUGCAAUCAUCCUGACUUAUUUGAGGGUCGUUCUAUUAUAAGUUCUUUUGACAUGGAAGGGAUUGAGAUGCAAUUGAGCUCUACAGUGUGCUCGAUGCUCUCGCCAAGUCUAUUUUCUUCAACAAAUCUUGCUGGCUUGGGGUUCUUAUUUACAUAUCUAGAUUACAGCAUGACAUCUUGGGAGUAUGGUGAAGUCCAAUCUAUUGCCACUCCUUCUAGAUUGAUUGAACGUCGUGUUAGUCAUAACAAUCUGGAAGUUGUUAAGCCUGGAUUUAAAUAUGGGAACAAAGGUUAUGGAACAAACAUUUUUGAAGAGAUUCAGAAGGCAAUUCUUGAGGAAAGAUUAAAUGAAGCAAAAGAGCGGGCAGCUGCGAUUGCAUGGUGGAAUUCAUUGAGGUGCCAGAAAAAGCCUGUAUACUCGACAACUCUACGUGAACUUCUGACUAUAAAGCAUCCGGUUUAUGACAUACAAUGCCAUAAGACAAAUCCCACGUCUUAUGAUUUUUCCUCAAAGCUUGCUGAUUUUGUUUUGUCACCUGUGGAACUAUUUCAAAAGAUUAUAGGUCAGAUUGAAUCGUACAUGUUUGUUAUUCCAGCUGCACGAGCUCCUCCACCUAUGUGCUGGUGCAAUAAAUCUGGGACUUCUGUUUUUAUCAAUCCAGCCUACAAAGAAAAAUGCUCUAAAAAAUUGCUGCCUCUCUUGACUCCUAUAAGGCCUGCUCUUGUUCGGAGGCAGUUAUAUUUCCCUGACAGGCGUUUGAUACAGUUUGAUUGUGGAAAGCUCCAGCAAUUAGCUAUUUUACUAAGGAGAUUGAAAACAGAGGGUCAUAGAGCAUUAAUAUUCACUCAAAUGACAAAAAUGCUUGAUAUUUUGGAAGCUUUUAUAAAUUUGUAUGGUUAUACAUACAUGCGUUUGGAUGGAUCAACACAACCGGAGGAGAGACAAACUUUGAUGCAGAGAUUUAACACAAAUCCCAAGAUAUUUUUGUUUAUAUUGUCCACGCGUAGUGGAGGUGUUGGGAUAAAUCUUGUUGGAGCAGAUACGGUGAUAUUCUAUGACAGUGACUGGAACCCUGCCAUGGAUCAACAAGCUCAAGAUCGUUGUCAUCGCAUUGGACAGACCCGUGAAGUCCAUAUAUAUCGUUUGAUAAGCGAGAGCACCAUUGAAGAGAACAUUUUAAAGAAAGCAAACCAGAAACGAGCUCUUGAUAACCUAGUAAUACAAAGUGGUGGGUACAAUACUGAAUUUUUUAAAAAGCUUGACCCGAUGGAGUUGUUCUCAGGUCACAGGAUAGCUCCUAUAAAAGAGACAGGGAAAGAAGGAAGUUUGGAUGAUGGGGUUGAGGUUUCUGUUUCUCAUGCUGAUAUAGAGGCUGCUUUGAAAAAUGCGGAAGAUGAGGCAGAUUAUAUGGCUCUAAAGAAGGUUGAAGAGGAAGAGGCUGUAGAUAACCAGGAAUUUACAGAGGAAGCAAUUGGGAAGCUGGAAGAUGAGGACUUGGGAAAUGAGGAUGUCAUUAAAGCUGAUGAAUCUGCAGAUCAAAAUGCAUUAGUUAGUGCUUCAACUAUCGAAAAUAUGGCGGCUACUGAUCUGGAUGGAGAAAAGGCUCUUACGUUAGCAUGCAAUGAAGAUGACGUUGACAUGAUAGCUGAUGUCAAACAAAUGGCAGCUGCAGCUGCAGCUGCCGGACAAGAAGUUUUAUCCUUUGAAAAUCAAUUACGUCCAAUAGAUAGGUAUGCAAUGCGUUUCUUGGAGGUUUGGGACCCUAUAAUAAACAAGGAUGCAAUAAAUUAUCAAGUUCAGUUCGAGGAGAGAGAGUGGGAGCUGGAGCGUAUCGAGAAAUUAAAAGAGGAUAUGGAGGCAGAGCUUGAUGAUGACGAUGAGCCUCUUGUGUAUGAGAAAUGGGAUGCUGAAUUUGCUACACAAGCUUAUCACCAGCAAGUUGAGGCUUUAGCUCAACAUCAGUUGAUGGAGGAACUAGAAAGCAAGGCUAAGGAACAGGAAUGUGGCGAAGAUGUGAAUGGUGAUCUCAUCAAGAAUGAAGCAUCAGGUGGUGGUAAACAUAAGACAAAGAAAAAGAAAACAAAGAAAGCAAAGUUCAAAUCUCUGAAGAAGCACUCUUUGUCCUCGGCAUCUAAAGCUCUGAAAGAGGACGACGUAGUAGAACUUGUGUCGUCGGAUUAUGAGGAUCUUUCUCAAGAAGCAGCUACUUGUGCAGAUGUAAGCCCAACUUGUAUCCUGUUAAAAAACAAACGGAAGAAGGACAAAACUGCUGCUGCUGAAGAAGAGAAGACCACAAAGAUGAAGCACAAGAAACAAAAAAAGACUGCUCUUGUAACCACAUUGCCAUCUAUGGAGUCAAACGUGUUAAGCAUGUUACAUGAGGAAUCAAAAGAUUCCAGGUCAUUUGAGGAUGGUACAAUUGAUUUAGAGCUAAAGCCUGCUAGCAGGGGUAAGACGGGAGGAAAAAUCUCAAUUGCUACUAUGCCAAUGAAGAGGAUUUAUACUAUAAAGCCUGAGAAGUUGAAGAAAAAAGGGAACAUGUGGUCAAGUGAUUGUUUCCCGUCGCCUGAUUCCUGGUUGCCACAAGAGGAUGCAGUAUUAUGUGCUCUUGUGCAUGAGUAUGGACCAAAUUGGAGCUUGGUUAGUGACUCGCUCUAUUCGAUGGCAGCUGGUGGUCUUUACAGGGGAAGAUUUCGCCAUCCGACCUUGUGCUGUGAAAGAUUUAGGGAACUUGUCCAAAUAUAUGUUCAUGCCAUGGCAGAUACUCUCAACAAUGAAAAAGCGAGCACAACUGGACCUGCAAAAGGAUUACUGAGAGUUACCGAGGACAACAUUCGAGUCCUGUUGGAUGCUGCUAUGGAGCAGCCAGAUCGUGAGUUGCUUCUCCAACGACAUUUUACUGCUCUGCUCACAACAGUUUGGAGGAUGACAUCCUCCCUAGAUCAGCAAAGAAGCCGUUCAAUUCCCCACAACAAUCUAUAUCCAAGCAUAAGGCUUUUUGGUACAUCUGUCAAUCCAAAUGCUCAAAAUUCAACCACAGGGUUGCCCAAGAAAAAAUUUGAUUUGGGUCAGUGUGGCAAGCUUAUAAGUGUAGCAUUGCAUGAUGCUGAAAGUGUGGGCUGGAAUGAAAAAGCAUCCCUAUCCAGCCCGAUGGAAGAGGAUCCAACCAGUAUAGAGAAGCUAGAUGUCACAGUGGAGUUCAGAAGAGAGAUAUGUGAGACAAGUGACCCCAUUGGUGGUUUUCCAUCCAUGAUAUCAUUGUCUGUAUCUGGCUUGGAUCCACUACCACCUGUAAGGAUACCUUCAGAAGAAAGUCAAUUUAGAUCCACUCAACAAGUGGCUGAGAGCCGUUUCAGGUUCUCCUCAAGUGCAUGUCUUCAGGGUUUUUUUGCUUGGGCAUCAUCUGCUUUCCCAACAAGUGAACCCCGAAACCGUUCGUCAGUUAAAUCAUCCUCAUCGGGGAAGCACAAGCUUGGUCCUGGUGAAACCAGCAGACCGUCCAAAUCAAAGGUCAGAAAAAUAGCAGAAACUGCUGAGGUUCAUCUCCCAUUUGCAGAACCAAUGUUCCAGCUACCACCUAUCAUUACACCCGAUACUCCAAUCUUCACCUCUGGUUCACAUCCUUCUGGAAUCUCAGAUUGUUUAUUUGAGGAUCAUCUAAUUGAUCCGCCUUGUGAUCCGGAGGAGGAAACCCUUUUAUGUACCAAUAAUCUUGAAAUGUUCCCUCAUUGCUAUAAUCCGAGCUUCAUUUCGGGCCUUGAUGACUGUCCAUUGAAUGAAUAUACAGAUAUUGGGUAACCGAGAGCUGUUAUUGGUAUGUGUUGCAUUGGGGUUAGUUUUCAGCUAAUGCUUUGUAGUUGAGCCCGAGUGUGAAGAAUUACCGUGCUUGCACUCUGCAGUCUUGUGAUACAGUAUCCAAUUGUGCGCUUGAGGGCACCUUUGAGCUGCUGGUUUCGUAACCUUUGUUAGAAGCCAAUCUUAUGGUAGCUGCUGUUGCUCCACCCUUUUACACAGGGUUACGCAGGGCUAAAAGACUAGCCCGCAGAGAACAGUGGUGCGCACGGUUGUAUAAUCCUUGGCCAUUGAUGGCAUUGAAUAUGCAAAAUUGCAGGUGCUUCGAGUUGGUGGCACAUUUUUCCAAAUGAGGCUUUGAUGGGUAUGUAGACUCGUUUCUUUGCGGCAUUCUUUGGAAACUACUUAGUCCAGGAUACACCAUUUUGUAUAGUAGUUAGGCAAACUGUAGUUCUAAUGAAUAGAUGAAACUUUUCAUGUAUAUACUAAUUCCAUCUAUUUAUAAUCAAUGGUUGAUUACA